AUGCUGCGUUUCUUUGCUACACACGGCGAGCUUAACAGCUCGUCCUCGCGACUCUGGGUCCCGCCCAGAGCCGCGAAACCCCUUGCAAAUGAGAAAUUCGGAGGAAUCUUCAAACCCCAACCCGCGCCGUCGUUCGUUUUUUCGCGCGUCGGCGUCGGUCCUGCCCGUGAGGGCCUGGUGUGA